AUGUCAGCGCCAGUAAAGCGGGCUUCGAAUGCUGGCUCCAGCGGGAGUGCAGUUGCGGGUGUUGGCGCCACUGAGACGACGGCAGCGGCGGAGACGACGGCUGCCACUACCAGUGCCGCGGAUUCAACCACCGCCAGCUCAACGGAAGCAACAACGUCUAGCGCCCCAGCCUCCACCAGUGAGACGUCCACCAGCUCCACCAGUACAAGCACCACCUCGACUGAGCCCACAACUACGGCGGCCCCAACAACUUCAUCUUCAACUUCUACGACAGAUCAUACGACUACGACUACUUCCGAAUCCACCAGUUCGACCGUUGCGAGCACCACGAGUGAUCCGACCACCAGCACCACUAGCUCAGAGUCUCAACAAGCGACCACCAUCUAUAUUACCUCGACUGCCACUGGCGGAGUCGUUACGACAGCAACCUCCACGAUCGAUUCGGGCUCAUCCAGCUCGGCGGCCUUGUCCACCUCAACGGGCGCAGCUGCCGGGGGUGGUGGUGGUCUAUCGGCCAGUGGCACUAUCGCGGUUGCGGUAGUUGUACCCGUGGUCUCUGUGGCAUUGAUCGCCCUCGCCGCGAUCUUCUUCUGGCGUAAGCGCAAGGCUAAGAAGGCGGCGGAGGAGGAGCGUCGCAAGGAAGUGGAGGAAUAUGGCUUCAACCCGAACAAUGACGCAACCUUCCCCGGUAUGGGCGGUAGCGUGGCACCCAAGGAUGAUAACUCGUCUGGUUAUCGUGGCUGGGGGACCACGUCAGCUGGCCGUAAGGCCUCGACCAACCUCUCCAGCGGAAUGGGAAUGGCCAUGUCGGAAGGCAGUGGCCAGUAUCACCACAACGCUACUCCCAGCGAGGGCACUGUGCAAUACUCAGACGGAGUUCGACCGGACUCGGGAGAGAUUGUUGAACCAGUUGGCGUGUUGGGUGCUGUCCCUGUGGCGGCCAACAACCGCAAUGGAGACAUCCACCGGGGGGCCUCGAAUGCUUCGUCAGCCUACUCUGCUGCUAACCGAUCAGAGGCGUCCGAGGAGAGCCACAUGUCUGCUGCACACCCGUCUGGUGGUUACUAUGGCGAUAACCCUUACUACGGCGAGAUGACCGGACAUGGCGCCUACGGGGAUGAUUCCUACCAGCCUGUCAUCCGAGAUGUCCAGGCGCGCCGCAACACUCGCAUCGAGAACCCCGGUGUUUACCCUCGACAAGGUAAUGCCGGAAUUGCUCAGAACUUCUAA